GUGCCUUCGUUUAAAAGUGUUUGUGCCUUCGUUUGUCAUAAAUACAGGUUAAUAUGUCUACCGAAAUGGAGAAAUUAAAAAAGUUACGUGUUAUACGCUCACAGUGCAAAGGAACCAUUACAAGAAUCGACAGUUUUGUCAAGGAUCCCGUAGCUUUGGCAGCCGCCAGCGCCGAUAUAUUAGAGGCGCGUAAAGAGAAGCUUAUUUCCACCUUAAAAGAUUACGAAAAGGUGCAAAUGGACAUCCUAAGCAUUGAUGAAGGCGACGGUGAACAGGUGGGAGAUAUUGAAGAGAAAUACUAUUCCAUAUUAGCAAAAAUAAAUAGCUCUCUUAAAAUGUUAAAUACAAAAGUGACUUCGGAGUGCCACAACGCAUCCACAUGUAAGUUACCCACAAUUGAAAUACCCUUUUAUGACGGAAAGGAUUUCACUAAAUUUAAACCCUUUUUCGACUUAUUUACUGCUGUCAUUGAUCGGAAUACCUCGCUGUCUGAUGUGCAAAAGCUUUUUUAUUUGAGAAAGUACCUACAGGACGAUGCGUUGGCGGUUAUUCUGAAUUUGCCGUUGGUAAAUGAGUCAUAUAAAGAAGCAAUACAAUUAUUAAAAAAGAGAUUUGACAAUAAGGCUAGAUUAGUUGCAAAUCAUAUAGGUAUAUUGUUAGAUAUUUCUAAUAUACAAAAGGGCACAGCGGCUUCCAUACGAACAUUUGUUUCACAAAUAAAUCAACAGAUGCAUGCAUUAAAAAAUCUAGAUGAACCCGUUGAUAAAUGGGACAUGCUUUUGAUAUCAAUUUUGACUCGAAAGUUAGAUCAAUUCACAAACCGGGCAUACCAAUUAGACCGGGACUCAGACACCAUGCCUACGAUGGCUGGUUUCAUUGAAUAUUUAGAAAAGCGUGCUAUAGCGCUCGAAGAUAGUCAUCAAAAUAAACAUAGUACCUACUAUGAUGGUGCUAACAAACAUGUUAAUAAUAAAAGUACUUGCUAUGAAGGUACUCACAAAUCAAUACCUAAGGUUACAAAUGUGGUAUCGAAGUCGUUGCCGCCCUGUAGGUAUUGUGAUAAUAAAGACCAUCAGAUAUAUAACUGUCCUAUAUUUAAAAUUUUGCCUAUCGCUCAGAGGCAAUCUUAUGUAAAUGAAAAGCACAUGUGUAAUGUAUGCCUUAAUAACCAUGAUGGUAAAUGUAAAUUUACUUUUAAAUGUAAAAUGUGUAAACAGGGCCACAACACAUUGCUGCAUCAGGAGCGCAAUGUGAAUGUGGACAAGCCCAGGACAAAUAAUGAUGACAGUCAGCAGCCACUAUCAUCCGAUGCUGGGCUGCAUUAAAACUGAAAAUGGACCGGUAUUUCAGAAUACCAUGUUAGGAUAUGUUGUCGGAGGAAGUAUCCCCGAGCAAGGUACUACAUGUAAUAUUGUAACAAAUUUAAUUAAUAUAUCUGAUGGUGAAAAAUUGGAAAAUGUAAUGGAGCAAUUUUGGCUCUCUGAAAAGCUUCCUGAAGUGGAAAAAUCUACAAAUGAUGAGUUUAUUCAAGCUGAAAAAAUAUUUCAGGACUCUGUAUCACUAAAAGACAAUAUAUUUUAUGUUGAUAUGCCAUUAGCUUUCCCCAUGGAAGAGUUAGGCCUAGGUGACUCAUUUUCUGUUGCCUAUAAUAGAUUCAUAAUGUUAGAAAAAAGGUUACAAAAAGAUCCUUUGUUAUUUGAACAAUAUAAAAAAUUUAUUGACCUAUAUCUGGAAUUAGGACAUGCAAAGAUAGUUGAUAUUGAGGGUUAUGAUUUAAAUGGUCCUGUGUUUUUUCUAGGACACCACUGCGUGUUCAAUCCUUCCAGUCGAACCUCACCUCAUCGUGUGGUCUUUGAUGGAUCAAUGAGAUCUAGAAAUGGGACAUCGCUGAAUCAAGUCAUGCUGAACGGACCUGUUGUACAGAGUGAGCUCUUUGAUAUCCUUAUUUUAUUCAGGACUUAUCCCUUUAUUUUAACUUGUGACAUUAAAAAAAUGUUUCGCAAUGUUUUUAUUAAUGAACAUCAACGCGGACUUCAAAACAUAUUAUGGCGCGAAUCGCCCAAAGACCCUAUCAACUGCUUGCAGCUUCAAACUGUUACGUACGGUUUAAAAUCGAGUACAUUUUUAGCUACAAGAGCUCUAAAUGAGCUAGCAAAUAUGCAUAAGGAUCAAUUUCCUUUGGCCGCUCAGGCUAUUUAUAAAAAUACAUUUGUUGAUGAUGUGUUGACUGGCGCUGAUGAUGUAGAGACACUUCAAGAGCUGAAAAGGCAAAUUGUAGAGCUUCUGGAGUUAGGUAGUUUCUCAUUACAUAAAUGGUGCUCGAACCACGCUCCAAUUUUAAGCGAUAUACCAGUUGAGCACAGACAAAUUGAUAGUGUAGAGAUAGGUCAAAACGACACCGUGAAGACAUUAGGUCUCACACUCGAAAUAAACUCAGAUAAAUUGAGUUUCUCUUGUCCUGCACUUGAUGAGGCAACAAUACUGAAUACAAAAAGAAAAAUUCUCAGCUAUAUAGGGAAAAUGUUUGACCCACUUGGUUUAAUUGGCCCCGUAAUUGUGGUGGCCAAACUAUUCAUGCAAGAACUCCAUAGCUCUAUGCGUAAAGAUUGGGACUCUACAAUCCCAAAUGAAAAGUUCCUAUACUGGUCAAACUUUUUAAAUAAUUUAAAACAAAUGGGUCAAAUUAAAAUAGAUAGAUGUGUAAAUUUUAAAUUAG